AUGUCCAAAGCUCUGGGAUACACAUUUGUUGGAGCCGCCGUUGCGACGGUUGGUUAUUGCGUCUAUUUCGACUACCAAAGAAGAAACAAUCCGUCGUUCAGAAAGAAGAUUGUCAGAAACAAGAAAAGAGCCGUUGAAAAGGCCAAGCAGGAGGCAGAGGCGGAGAAGAAGAACAAGCUCGAAGCUUUGAAGGAGAAGUUGAACCAAUCGUUGGAGGAGGAACCGCUGCCUAAAGAGCCGGCCGAAAAGGAAAAGUUCUUCAUGACCCAGGUCGCUGUUGGUGAACAAUUAAGUGCUGUUGAAGGUAAAGACAUCGAGGCUGCCAUCCAUUUCUACAAAGGUUUGGCUGUUUAUCCUAACCCAACCGGAAUCCUCGACAUUUACCAAAGAACCAUUCCAAAACACAUCUACGAAUUGAUCAUGAUGCUCACUGCCAUCCAGCCUCCAGCCAGUGUGAUGAACGUUUUGCAAGAUAGCAUUCCGUCCUUGGACCAAGAUUAG